UCACUGCGAGUUGCCACGGCGAAAGUCUACACAUUUCGUCGCCACACCACUAUCGAUAUGAACUGAGACAUGGACCGAUGACUUGCAUAGCGACUAGUGGGGGCGCGGGCUUCGAUUCAUGUUGCCCCGCAUGCAUGCUCAGGUGGCUGUGGCUUACCUGCAGCUUGAUGGCGAGUCUCCCACAUCAAAGGCCACCAUCAUGACUUCGGGUUUUUUCCGCAAACCUUCUGGCCGUCCACGCCUAAAAGGCUCAUUCAGGUUGCAUCACACCACAGAUCUCGGUGGAUAAACGCGACCAUACUGAGCCCAUAACGACGAGCGCGCAAACAUGAGGCUCCUCAACACGCGUACCCUAACACUCACGGCAUUCAUUGGCAAAGCGCCUGACUAUGUCAUCCUAUCACAUCGAUGGGAAGAGGAAGAACUUAUCUUCGAGGAUGUGAUGAAAAGCCCUAUCAGCGACACGAGCAGCCCGGCCCGAGCCAAACGGGGGUUCUCCAAAGUGCAAGGGACUUGCGCACUCGCACUCAAGGAUGGAUUCGAUUGGGUCUGGAUAGACAGUUGCUGCAUCGACAAAUCCAGCUCUGCGGAGCUUCAGGAGGCGAUCAACUCGAUGUUUCGAUGGUAUCAAGAGGCCCAGAUUUGUUACGCUUAUCUAAGUGACAUUCCGGAUAGGGAGGCUGGUUUUGAUGCAUUCAAACAGAGUCUAUGGUUCACUCGCGGUUGGACCUUACAGGAGUUACUGGCACCAUCCAGUGUCGAAUUCUACGCGACUGACUGGACCUCGAUCGGCUCCAAGGCUUCGCGAGCCGCUGAAAUUGCCCAUAUCACUGGAAUCGACCUUGCCGCUCUUCGGAAUGACUGGCACGAUUUGAAGGACAAGUACUUCGCUGCAGAGAAGAUUUCAUGGUCUUCGCAUCGACUCGUCACUAGAACCGAAGACAUAGCUUAUUGUUUGCUCGGGCUCUUCGAUGCUAACAUGCCGUUGCUGUAUGGCGAAGGGGGGCUUAAGGCAUUCCGCAGGUUGCAGCAAGUAGUGUUUGAGAGCGAAGCUGACCACACGCUAUUCCUUUUCAGAAACAGCGAGCCCGCUAUCACACCAUUGCUCGCGAACUCGGUCAGGCAGUUUUGUCAGAGAGAUCGCUGUAAAGACUGCGUGUCCCAAGUAACAUGCCUUCCUGGCCACAUCACGUAUUCCCAGAUGCGGACGACCCUUGACACUAGAUGGCCAGCAUUCGACGAACACUACCUGAAGCUGGUCAAAGGCGGUGUAAAGCUCAAGGUACAUCGGCUACCGUAUAAAUCCAGCCUCAAAAUUCAGAGCUUGAGAUCCGGUGAUGUCGCUCCUAGAGUAGGCCCGGACAAGUUGGUCGCACUUCUGCCUGUCACUCUCGUAGGACAUGAACGCCACGUCAUAGGAAUCCUUCUUACCCGACUGCCAACAUCAGAAUAUAUUCGCCACGAUGGAGUUCCCUUCUUGGUAGAUAUGAAGAGAUUUCGCGGGAUUGAAAUGGAGCCCCAGACUCUAAUGGUAUCUGACAAGUCCACACGUCCUGCACAUGUCGCUCAUGAUUUCGCCCGUUUUGAGUUCCACAGUUCUUCGUUCACCUUAUCAUCUUGGAGUUGCACUACCAACAGUUAUGAGCACCCGAAAGGAUCUGGCACGAUAAUUACAGUUUCAAAAACUACCUCCGACCGCUUUGCUUUGACGAUAAGGACAUCCAGUACCUCCUCAGGUUUAUCGCCAAUCAUUGUACUGGGCAACUCCAUAAAAGAGCUUCAAUUGCAAAGCGUGGAGAUGCAAGGCGAUGGGUCAACAUCGCGAUUGGAAUCAAAACUGGAUAGCUUUACAAAUCGGAUGAAUAUUCCUCUGGUAUCAAGACAGGGCUGUAUCAAGGUUGCUCUUCGUCGGUUAUGUACCACAUAUACCGAUGACAUUCUCGUUGGUAAAGUCGGUGCUCGUUACCGAGUGGAUGUGGAAUACAUCGGAAACAGCCAUCAAGAUUAAAAGCCUGGAAAGAUAGACGCCGAGACUCAAGACAUCGAUACGGAUGAAAUAUCUGUGUACACCACGGCCGCAGACUGAGUAGCAGAUUACGUUCGUCUCCGCCACACAACAUGGCUGCACAUGCGCUGUCGUAUCUACCUUGGACAUCUUCUGUAUCCCAGCGGGCGCCAGAUGCCAAUAGAACGCGCUAGGUUCCCUGUGCGCAAUCGUAUUAUCACCAUGGCUCUUCUUCUCUAGCAAUACGCACCUACCCGUUCUUCAAUCACGUUGUGGUCUUUCCUGAUGAGGAAAUCUCCCAAUUCGUACGCAACCACUGGCGUUUGGUGCUCAUAACUAUGUGUGUGUGUGUGUGUGAUUAUCGAGCUUUUUCGCCGUUCUUGCUGAAGAGGCUUAGCAUCGAAUACAUGGAUAGCUUUGGAGAAA